AUGACAGAACAGAGUCUAGCAUCAUCAUUACCAAUUUUCUAUGGAAAAAACGAAGAGGAUAUUGAUUUCUAUAUAAAGCAAUUUAACAGUAUUGCUAAUCUUGAAAAAUGGACCCCAGAAAAGAGACUAAUUAUUUUCAAACUGAAUUUAGGAGAUAAGGCAUUAGAAUACCUUAUAAAUGACUCUGCGACAUCCCAAUGUAACACCAUUGAGGCAUUACAAGAACUGCUUAUAGCGAAAUUCAGGAAAACUAAAUCUUUUUCUGAUAUUCAGUCAACAUUUUCAAAAAUUUCACACAAACCAGGUCAGUCAGUCAGAGAAUUAGCGGAGGAAAUAUCAAGACAGGCAUCACUAUAUGUUGGGAUCAAUAGCACUAGCAACCGGGAACUUAUUGAUUUAGCGGAAAACAUUAAAUUGACAAAAUUUUUAGAAGUUCUUAGAAGUGACAUUAGGUUGGAGGUAAAGAAAACCGGACCUAAAGAUUUUAAAUCUGCCCUUAAAUGUGCUAUAAAUGUUGAAAAUGCACUUGAGGAGUCUGUGUCUUGUGCCACAUCUAAUAAUUCUUGGGACUUCCAAAUUAACACAUUGAUGAGGAGUCAAAUGGAAAAUAACAAAUUGAUUUCCAAACUAACUUCCCAACUCUCUGAAUUAACAAACAAUAGAGACAGUCAGGUUAACAAUUUCCAAUUAAGGGGGGAAAAUUCUCGCCAAUUUCAAAGUCAUUCAAAUUUUCCGAAUCCACCAAUUUCGUGCCACAUAUGCCAGAAAAACCAUCUAACAACUGAUUGUUGGUUUUUUCCCAGUUCAGGUCAAAAUUUCAACAGAGGUCGUGGUUCUCAAAGCAACAGAGGUAGAAAUUUCCGAGGCAGAUAUACUCACCCAUAUAGGAACAACAGAGGAAAUUUUGGAAUAAGGGGUGCUUGGAUCAAACCAAAGCAAAAUUCUUGUUCUCAGACAGGUACCCACUAUUAUAGAGAACAAGCUAAGAUGGAAAAAAUUAAAUCCACAUCUGAGAAAAUUAAUACUCCUACCGAAGAAGUCAAAGAAUUUGUACUAUCAUGCAACACUUCCGCAGAAAACAGUUUACCAAUCAUUCAAUUAAAAUUCGGUUCAUUAAUUGUUGAUGCAUUAAUUGACAGCGGAGCUUCUUUAUCAUUAAUUGAGCCUAAUAUUGUCACAAAAGUCAAGGAAUCCACCAAGGUUGAGUAUGUUUCUAGAAGCGUCAAAAUUGUCACGUUAAACAAAUCAUCAAUUCCCUAUAUGUCAGCUGUUAAGAUGAAAUUUAAAAUUGAGACAAAAUGGUUCGAAAAUCUAUUUUACGUGACUAAGACUACUUGGAAUUCAGAAUAUCAAAUUAUUUUGGGAUAUGAUUUUUUGCAGAGAAACAGAGUUAUCCUUGAUUCAGUUAAUAAACAAUUAAUUGUAGGAUAUUCUCAUUUCAGUUUUAAGCUCACUAAUAAUGUAAAUGAUUCAGAAAAUAUUGAGAUUAACACUUUGUCUUUAUCUGAGGUCAGAAAAUUGAGGAAAGAGGAAAUUAAGGAAUCUGAUUUCGAUCUCGAACAUUUAGACCAUACACAAAGAAGGGACAUUUUGGAUAUAUUAAUGAGAAAUACUGAAGUCUUUUCAAAAUCUUAUUUGACUUUGGGUUCGACUAACGAAGUUGUUCCUGAAAUUAAAUUACUUCAUAACUUUUCAUUACAAACAAAACCAUACCCUAUUCCCAAAAUCGCUAAGGAAUUCGCACAACAAGAAGUUCCUAAAUUACUUGAGGCAGAAAUUAUUCAAGAAUCAUCAUCAUCAUAUGCAUUCCCUGCUAUUUUCAUUAGAAAAAAAACAAACAAGAACGAUGAUCCUGAAAAAUUGAAAUUUCGGAUGGUUAUUGAUUAUCGAUUAUUAAACUGCAUCACCGAAUCUUUUAAAAUUUGUCUUCCCAGUAUCAUUGAAAUUAUGCAUUGUAUUUCUGGUCACCAAUUUUACAGAGUGUUAGAUUUAAAGUCCGCAUUUUUUCAAAUUCAGUUAAAGGAGUCUGAUAGGGAGAAACUAGCUUUUUGGUACGGAACUAGGGAAUUUUGA